UCAUGAUAAAGAUUUGUUUGGUUCUUGUGAUGGUCGUGGCCAUCAAUGCAGCAACCAUGCAGGACUGUGAACGGAAAGUUUUACAGGAUCGCGUCAUAAAAAAUUACAUAGAUCAAGUCAGUAGAAGCUGGACUUUCUGCAAAGAGUUAAAGUUCGUUCGCGAUGGAUUGUUGAACUCUCCUUCUUGUCUGGGAGAGAUUAUCACUGCUCAGCGAUUAUGGCUCCUUCAGUUCAUCUACCUGGAUAACACGUUGUCGCCAAUAUGCGGCGAGCCAGUUGCCACCGAUGCCUUGAAGAAACUGGUGAAACACUCCCCUUCUUUUGAACUAUUGAAGGAGUUUCCAUCGCUUGAACAUGACCAUUCCCACGCCUGUGCCAAAGAAGUACACGUCGAGUGCCGCACACAUUACCUCGCAGACGCGAAGAAAGAAAAUUUUUGUCAAGCCCUUGAGGCGUUUGAUCGCUGCUACGAAAAAGGAGCAAAACGAUGCAAAGCAAAAAUAAUACAAGAUUAUUAUGUUAUUGUGAGAGAUGUAUCAGAAAACCUGUUGUCUGUUUACAGGAAAGAGAUACUGAUGUGUGCAAAUAAUUAAUCUAGAACUAAUGAUGGGGUUUAUGGAACGUUCUUUAGCGUUUCGAGAAUACAAUAAACAAAACU